CGCUCAGCUCCUCAGCCGACACCAUGACACCCGAGCAGGCUCGCAAGCUCGAGCUUUCUGCAGCAGAAAUCUACGAGGUGACACCCACGCCGAUGCUCGAUCGGUCGCAGAACCCGUCCGGCUCCCGCCUGUGGUGGAUGACCUGCUUUGGCUACUGGCUGUUCGGCUCCUUCGGCCUCUUCUUCUCGCUCAAGGAGUGGCUCGAUCCCGCCUUCUCCGACUGGCUCGCGCCCGGGCCCGGCUCGCCGCUGCUGGGCGACUCUGGCCGCAUGCUCGUGUUCGAAGCGGGGCCGGCCGGCGUCCAGUCCAAGCUGCUCGGCGUGCAGGCCAACCUCCUCGAGGGCGUGCUGCUCGACGUCGGCGCGCUCUCCCUCCUCUCGUGCUGGUUCGAGUCGCGCCGCAUGCAGCUGCUCACCGCCUACGCGGCGCCCGUCUCGGCCGCCUACUUUUUGCUCAACAUCUUUUACUUCCAGCUCACCGGCGCGCCCGAGAUGGUGCCCGCGAUGCUGCUGCUCGGCGCGCCUCCGAUCCUGCUCUCGCUGCUGCGGCUGAAGAUCUUCCUGCGGGACGAGGCGGCGCUCGCAACCUACGCCGCCUACCUCGCGGCGAUCGGCGCGGCCGUGCUCGGAGGCGGCCUCCUGCUGCAGCAGCGCGCCGAGGCGCACCGCGCCGACAUCCACCUCUUCGUGGCGGUGCGCGACCAUUUCACAUCGAACGGCUUCACGUGGACGGCGGGGCUCGACUACCCCGACGGGUUCAAGCCGCCGCGCGCCAGUGGCUGGCUCGGUCUCUUCUGAGCGUCUCGUUGCGCGUCAGUGUCCGUGCGCCGCAGCCUCCCUCCUGGGCUGACCGCCCCGCGGCCGCCGAAACGGGAGCGAACCAACGACAUCAACGCGGGUGGAAGAGAAAUAGAGAACGAGAAGGAGCUCUCGUAGUACAAUGUAGUAGCAUCGGCGCAUGGCCGGCAUGCACUUGGAAAGAAAGAAUUU